GUUUGUCUAUCAGGCGAAGGUUGGCGGCCGUUGGUUCCCGGCUGUAACUGCACACAGUAAAAAGCAGGGCAAGCAGGAAGCAGCUGAUGCAGCACUCAGAGUCCUGAUCGGGGAAACGGAGAAGAUGGAGCGCAUGGAAGGGAUGAAUGUCACCGAGCUCCCUGUGAGCGGCAGCACCCUACAUGAUCAGAUUGCCAUGCUGAGCCACCAGCGUUUCAACACCCUCACCGCUCGCAUCCAGCACAGCCUGCUUGGGAGGAAGAUCCUGGCUGCCAUCAUCAUGCGGAGAGGAAACAAGGGCCUGGGAGUGGUGGUCAGCAUCGGAACGGGUAAUCGCUGCGUGAAAGGUGAAGAGCUGAGCUUGAAGGGGGAGACAGUGAAUGACUGUCAUGCAGAAAUCAUUUCUCGAAGAGGUUUUGUGAGGUUUCUCUAUAGUGAGCUGAUGAGGUAUGACCCGUCUCAUCCUUCCUCUGCAGAGGACAGCAUUUUUGAGCCAGCAGGAGGGAAGAAACUCAAAAUAAAGAGCAGUGUCACCUUUCACCUCUACAUCAGCACAGCACCUUGUGGAGAUGGGGCACUCUUUGAUAAAUCCUGCAGCGAUCAAGCCAGCGUCGCGGGGCAAACCCAGCAUCAGCCUCUCUUUGAGAACCCCAAACAAGGCAAACUGCGGACCAAGGUGGAGAACGGGGAAGGGACCAUUCCCGUGGAGUCGAGUGACAUUGUGCCCACGUGGGACGGGAUCCAGCACGGGGAGCGGUUGCGAACCAUGUCCUGCAGCGACAAGAUCUUACGCUGGAAUAUACUCGGCUUGCAAGGGGCCUUGCUGUCCCAUUUCCUAGAACCGGUUUAUCUCAGCUCUGUUACACUCGGUUACUUGUACAGUCAGGGUCAUUUAACACGUGCGAUCUGCUGCCGUGUGGCGAGAGACGGGAACGUGCUGCAGGAAAAGCUCCAGGCUCCGUAUCACGUUAACCAUCCUGAGGUCGGGCGAGUCAGCGUGUACGACUCCGCCCGGCAGACCGGCAAGACGAAGGAGUCGUCGGUGAAUUGGUGUCUUGCUGAUGAAAGCGAAGUGGAAGUCUUGGAUGGCACAAAAGGGAAAGUAGAUGGGUAA